AUGCCAGAAAUCAUGUCAGCAUCAAUAGAGGCUUUAGCAAUGGCAGAUGUGGAUUAUCAUACACACAGUAUGAAAAUUGAAGAAUGGGAGCAAGAGGAGUUGGAGUUACCUCCAGCACAUUUACUAGCUGAAGAAGAAGAAAAAGAAGCUGAAAGAAAUAGCAAGUACAGCUUUCCUAUAUGCCGAUGUUGGCCGUCAAGCUGGUCGGCGAAAGAUGGUGGUGGUAGUGAUUAUGUAAUCACCAAGCCACCCCGGAAUGUCAUCCAAAAAGUUUAG